GUCGCAGCCUCUGCUGCUGCUGCCAGCGAUGGGGUUGAUGUUGCACCGCCCAAAAAGGGCUUCAUGGGGAUCGAGGCGAUUACCUGGAAGAAAAUUAUCCCUCUGGGCUUCAUGUUCUUCUGUAUUCUCUUCAAUUACACCAUUCUGCGUGACACAAAGGAUGUGCUCGUGGUCACAGCACCAGGAAGUGGAGCAGAGGUCAUUCCAUUCCUCAAAACCUGGGUGAACCUGCCAAUGGCUAUCGGGUUCACGGUGCUGUACGCAAAGCUGGCCAACGUGCUGUCCACGGAGGCGCUGUUCUACGCUUGCAUUCUGCCCUUCAUUGCAUUCUUUGGCUCCUUCGCCUUCAUCAUGUACCCUCUGCGCGACGUGCUGCACCCCACAGCCCUUGCGGAGAGGUUGCUGGACACUUACGGCGUGCGUUUUGCGGGGCCCAUUUCCAUCCUGCGCAACUGGACCUUCUGCCUGUUCUACGUGAUGGCCGAGCUGUGGGGCUCCGUCGUUGUCUCCCUCCUCUUCUGGGGCUUUGCCAACCAGAUCACCACGGUGGAUGAGGCAAAGACCUUCUACCCUCUCUUCGGCCUGGGAGCCAACGUGGCGCUCAUCUUCUCCGGACGCGCCGUCAAAUACUUCUCCAACGUGCGCUCACGCCUGCCGCCAGGUGUCGACGGCUGGGGCUACUCGCUGAAGGGCAUGAUGGGCAUGGUGGUCAUCGGCGGCCUGCUCAUCACCGCCACCUACUGGCUGCUGCAGCGCACUGUGGUGAAGACUGUCAAGGCCGGCCAGCCCAAGAAGAAGAAGGCCAAGCCCAACAUGUCCGUUGGCGAGUCCUUCACCUUCCUCGCCAAGUCCCCGUACAUCCGCGACCUCGCCCUCCUGGUGGUGUCGUACGGAAUCUCCAUCAACCUGGUGGAGGUGACCUGGAAGAGCAAGAUCAAGCAGCAGUUCCCCAACCCCAACGACUACUCCGCCUUCAUGGGCGACUUCUCCUCCGCCACAGGCGCGGUGACGUUCAUCAUGAUGCUGCUGUCGCGUGUGAUCUUCCGGAAGUACGGCUGGGGAGUGGCCGCCCAGAUCACGCCCACCGUGCUGCUGAUCACCGGAGUGGCCUUCUUCGCGCUCGUGCUGUUCUCGGCGCCACUCACCCCCUGGCUGGCCACCAUCAACCUCACGCCCCUCAUGGCCGCCGUGCUCAUCGGCGCAGCGCAGAACGUGUUCUCCAAGUCCGCCAAGUACUCACUGUUCGACCCCUGCAAGGAGAUGGCCUACAUCCCCCUAGACCAGGAGACCCAGCUCAAGGGCAAGGCGGCCAUUGACGUGGUGUGCAACCCGCUGGGCAAGUCUGGAGGCUCGGCCAUUCAACAGAUGAUGAUCAUCGGCUUUGGCUCCCUUGCCGCCUCCACCCCCUACCUCGGCGUCAUCCUGCUCGGUGUCGUCGUCAUGUGGAUCGGCGCUGCCGGCUCCCUCAGCAAGCAGUUCACGGAGCUGCAGCAGAAGGAGCAGCUGGCCAAGCUGGCCAUGGCGCGCCAGGCGCUGGCCACAGCCCCCGCCACCAAGAAGUUCAGGUUCAUCUCCGGCGUCAACGAGCAGGGCUUCAUCGAGGGCAAGUACGUGCCCCUUGAGGAGGGCGUGGACGUGACUGCCUCCAUGGACAUCGUGGAGGCCGAGUCAGCCGAGGAAGCCGCCACCAAGUCCGGCAAUGGCAAGAUCGGCAUCAACGCCAAGGCCGAGCAGAUCGAGUGAGCGCAGCUUUACUCCAGCCAAGUCUCCCUGUGCCCAUUGGCCUGGCUCUCUUUCUGGCAACAGUCUGGGAGAGUCGAGCAGUAAAAAGGAGGCAUGGCGAGUGGCAGUUAAGCAACGAAGCAUCUUGUCUGGGGGCAUCCCCUUCCUCCUGGCCAACAGUGCUGGCCUGGCAAGUGAUUCUCAUGGGGCACUGGUUGAAACAGGGCAUGUGCCUCCGGGCAAGGACAUGAUAUGCCAUACGGAAUGACAUCUUAUACAGGAUGUCAGCAAAGGUGAUGAAGGAGAAAAGCAAGAAUUUCAGGACAUGACAAAUUGCUGUCAGGAAGCAUGUCAGCACUUUGUAGGUGCAGAGCAGCUUUCAGAUGGUCACAGCGUAGGACAGGACAAGUGACCCGGGUGACUCUUUGGCAGAAAGAUGUAGGAUGAUGCAAAUGAUGCUGAGGCUCCCUGAAGAUGAGAAAUAGGCUCGAGUAAGUCCUAUCAUUCAAGAAAGGAUUGAUUCUCCGUUCCAGCUAUUUGGCCCUUGAUCAGAUGUUUUGGGACUAAAAGAUUCUUUGCAGCUGCCAGGCGUGUUGAUGAACCCCUGCAGUUAGAUUUGCUGGGUUGCUCUCUAGCGAUCCGCAUUGGAUUUCACCGGUGUUUGUGAUUUACAGGCAGCCAGGUAUUAAUAUGAAGUGGUGCUAGGCGGCCAUAUGUGCAAGUGAACCCUGGUUGCCUCUGCAGCUCGUUUGAGCAAUACACCAAGCGUCAUUGUAAUGCAAUCCAUCCAGAGUA